GAAGCCAGUGCCGUGCACGCGCAUCCCGACUUUACGUCACUGAAGCGCCCUGGCUCACAGAGCCGCUGGUAGUACUGUGGCAAGAGAGGGAAAAAAGAGAAAGAACUGGUCGGAAAGAGGAGUUUUUCACUCAGAUAACGGCUUUAAUACGGAUAACGGCGCGAGAGGAACGCCGGAUAAGACGCCCGACCCGCUCGCCAGAACCGGACUAACAGGAUCCAAAAGAAGGUCCGUGUGUCGUGGAUGCUAACGCCUAACAGAGACCUGUCAAUUACAGAGACCUGUCAAUCACAGAUAACCUGUCAAUCAGCCUGACCUGCGGAUCAUGACACACCUGCUCUGUGCGCUGAGUUAAGAAGAGUGACAGGGGGUUUCCAUAGCAACACCAUCCCCACUCAUCCUUCCCUUCAUCCCUCCCUCCCUCCAGCAUCCUUCUCUCUGCCCCCCCCCCCCCCCUCUCAGAAGUAUGUAUGGCAGUGCCCGCUCCGUGGGCAAACCGGAGGGGAACCAUAGCGGUGGCAGCGGUGGGCAGAGUCCCGGCCGAUCCCCCCGUCUGCCACGCUCCCCCCGCCUGGGCCACCGCCGCACCAGCAGCUCCGGGGGGGGCAACGGCAUGGGCGGGGGGGGCAAGACCCUGUCCAUGGAGAACAUCCAGUCCCUGAACGCCGCCUACGCCACCUCCAGCCCCCUGUACCUGAGCGACACACACACACACCCCGACCCCGUGUCCGCCUCCUCCUCCGCCCAGAGCAGCCUGACGCUGGGGGGCCGCUCCGGAGGGGUGUCCGUGGGGGUGGGGGGGCGCGCUGGGGGAGGGUACGGGGGUGGCCGCAGCGCGGGCAUGGGCAGCAGCCCAAACAUCGCCAGCGACGCCAUCGCCUUCGGCGACCACCACGUGCCCGCCGCCUCCAGCAUGGCAUCGUCGUCCUCCUCCACCGUGCCCCACUCGCUGCGCCAGGCGCGCGACAACACCAUCCUGGAGCUCCAGGCGCAGCUGAAGGAGGUGCUGCGGGAGAACGAGCUGCUGCGCGGGGAGGCGGCGGCCAAGGAGAGCAAGCUCAGCUCCUCCAUGAACUCCAUCAAGACCUUCUGGAGCCCCGAGCUGAAGAAGGAGCGCGCGCUGCGCAAGGACGAGAUGGCCAAGAUCACCGUCUGGAAGGAGCAGUACCGCGUCAUGCAGGACGAGGCCCAGCAUUUCCAGAUGACGAUCCAGGCGCUUCAGGACGAGCUGCGGAUCCAGCGCGACCUCAACCAGCUGUUCCAGCAGGACGGGGGGGGCGUGUCGUCCGGGGGGGGCGGCCUGCUCAGCUUCCGCCCGGGGUCGGGGGAGGUGGAGCCGACGGAGGAGAACUUCCUGCGCCUCCACGCCGAGCACGAGCGCCAGGCCAAGGAGCUCUUCCUCCUGAGGAAGACGGUGGAGGAGAUGGAGAUGCGCAUCGAGACGCAGAAGCAGACGCUCGGCGCCCGCGACCACAGCAUCAAGAAGCUGCUGGAGAUGCUGCAGAGCAAGGCGCCCGGCGCCAUGACGACCGAGGAGGACCACGAGCGCACGCGCCGCCUCGCCGACGCACAGAUGCACGCGCACCACCUGGAGAGUCUGUUACAGCAGAGGGACAAGGAGAUCGUCACACUCAGAGAGGAGCUGCAGAGACGCUACGAGGGAACGCCUGAAUCGGCCAAGACCAAAGCCCUGCAGACUGUCAUUGAGAUGAAGGACUCUAAGAUCUCUUCUCUGGAGCGUGGUCUUCGUGACAUGGAGGAGGAGAUCCAGAUGUUGAAGUCCAACGGCGCUCUGAGCACGGAGGAGCGGCAGGAGGAGGUCAAGCAGAUGGAGGUCUACCGCAGCCACUCCAAGUUCAUGAAGAACAAGAUUGACCAGGUGAAGCAGGACCUCUCCAGGAAGGACACGGAGAUGCUGGGCCUUCAGACGAAGCUGGAGACGAUGAACAAUCAGUUCUCCGACAGCAAGCAGCACAUCGAGGUGCUCAAGGAAUCCCUCACCGCCAAGGAGCAGAGGGCUGCCAUCCUGCAGACAGAGGUGGACGCCCUGCGGGUGCGUCUGGAGGAGAAGGAGGCGAUGCUGACGAAGAAGACGAAGCAGAUGCAGGACGUGUCGGAGGAGAAGGGCACCCUGGGGGGCGAGAUCUACGACCUCAAGGACAUGCUCGACGUCAAGGAGCGCAAGGUCAACGUCCUGCAGAAGAAGAUUGAGAACCUGCAGGAGCAGCUGCAUGAUAAGGAGAAGCAGCUAAGCAGUCUGAAGGAGCGGGUGAAGUCUCUGCAGACGGACACCUCCAACACAGACACCGCCCUCACCACCCUGGAAGAGGCUCUCGCUGAGAAGGAGCGGAUCAUUGAGCGUCUGAAGGAGCAGAGGGACAGGGACGAGCGGGAGAAGAUGGAGGAACUGGACAACAACAAGAAGGAGCUGAAGGACCUGAAGGAGAAGAUCACAUUCUUACAGGGAGACCUGUCUGACCGCGAGACGUGUCUGCUGGACCUGAAGGAACACGCCUCCUCGCUGGCCUCCUCCGGCCUGAAGAAAGACUCCAAGCUCAAGACCCUGGAGAUCGCCCUGGAGCAGAAGAGGGAGGAGUGCAUCAAGAUGGACAACCAGCUCAAGAGGCAGUCUGAGGUCAUGCAAAGCCGCUCCUCUGAUCUUGCCCAGUCGGCGGCGCUGGAGGCCCAGUCCAACCCCGAGCUGACGGAGCGCAUCGCCACGCUGGAGCAGGACGUCACGCGGCACAGAGAGGAUGCUGGGAAGGCUCAGAGCGAGGUGGACCGCCUGCUGGAGAUCCUGAGGGAGAUGGAGAACGAGAAGAACGACAAGGACAAGAAGAUCAGCGAGCUGGAGAGGCAGAUGAAGGACCAGAGUAAGAAGGUGGCCAACCUGAAGCACAAGGAGCAGGUGGAGAAGAGCCGGACCGCCAGUCUUCUGGAGGAAGCGCGCAAGAGGGAGGACAACAUCACAGAGAACACACAGCAGGCCAAGGAUACCUUGCAACAGAAGGACGAGCGGAUCGAGGAGCUUGAGGAGGCGCUGAGAGAGAGCGUCCAGAUCACGGCCGAGAGAGAGAUGGUGCUCGCUCAGGAGGAGUCUGCUCGCACACACGCAGAGAAGCAGAUGGACGACCUGCUGUGUGCGAUGGAGAAGGUCAAGCAGGAGCUGGAGUCGAUGAGGAUGAAGCUGGCGUCCACCCAGCAGUCUCUGACGGACAAGGAGGCACACCUGACCACGCUCCGCGCCGAGAGGAGGAAACAUCUGGAGGAGGUGCUCGAGAUGAAACAGGAGGCGCUGCUGGCUGCCAUCAGUGAGAAGGACGCCAACAUCGCCCUGCUGGAGCUGUCCUCCUCCAAGAAGAAGAAGACGCAGGACGAGGUCGCCAUGCUGAAGAGGGAGAAGGACCGGCUCGUCCAGCAGCUCAAACAACAGACUCAGAACCGGAUGAAGCUGAUGGCUGACAACUACGAAGACGAUCACCUAAAGGCCUCUUCACACUCAGACCCGACCAAUCACAAGCCCUCUCCAGACCAGGACGAUGAGGAGGGCAUUUGGGCGUAGCCCAUCACAUGCCCUCUUUUGCUGCCAUUUUGUUUCGGAAGGAUGAUUCCCCCCCUGCU